AUGAUCACACCCCUUUUUAAAUCAGAACUAACAUUGAGUCUGCAAACGCUCGACUCGGAUAUGGAUCCCGAAAAGGUGGCAAUGGAUGACAAGCGAGAAGUCAAUUCAGCAAGCUCUAAUGGAAAUGUCGAGUCGGGCGAAAGCAUCGUCAUUGCCGAUGCGAUCAGUGACAAAGCAUUGCUCCGAAAGCUCGACUUGCGGGUAAUUCCUCCACUGUUCACCAUUUUCGUCAUGUCGUACCUUGAUCGAACCAACAUUGGCAAUGCCAAAAUUCAGGGACUGGAGAAGGACCUCGGCAUAGUCACUGUCGGCCAAGGCCUUGUCAAGAACUUUGCAGGGCUAAUAUCGCUGCGGCUUGUCUUGGGUAUCUUCGAGGCGGGAGUAUUCCCUGGCGGAACAUACCUUAUGUCGGCAUAUUACGCUCGGUACGAACUUCAAUGGCGCUUUAGUUUGUUCUUAUCAUCUAUCAUCAUCGCUGGAGCAUUCGGAGGUCUUCUUGCCUUUGCACUUGCAAAGUUAGACGGAGUUGGCGGCUACGAAGGGUGGCGGUGGAUCUUCAUCAUUGAGGGUAUCAUCACAGCCAUUAUUGGAGUGAUAUGCAAAUUCUGGGUCGUUGAAUGGCCCGAUAAGGUUAAAUGGUUGACGGACGAUGAAAAGGCACGGCUUACAAGGAAGCUUGCUGCCGACGCUGGCGAUGCCGAUGGCAAUGGCGCCAGAAUGGAUAGAUUGAACAAGUCAGCAGUGCGAAGGAUCGUCACCGACUGGAAAAUUUGGCUUGGUAUUCUAAUGCAUAUAACGAUUGUCACCUCUACCUACUCCGUCUCAUUCUUCCUGCCUACUGUGAUCAAGAUUGCCGGACACUUCAAAAGAGCUAUUGGCAAUGCAAUGAUUCUCGGAAUAGGUAACAUAGGUGGCAUUGUCGGAAGCAACAUCUGGAUGAACCGCGAGGCGCCUCUCUAUAGAACAGGCGUUAUCGUCUCCCUGGUCUUCUUGGUCAGCAACGGGUUGCUCUCCACUGUGUAUUACUUUGGGCUGCGCAGAGAGAAUCGCAUUCGCGAUAGUGGUGGCCGCGACUAUCGAUUCACCGACGAAGCUGAGGACUUAGACAAUAUGGGUGACGACCAUCCCUCGUGGCGAUUCACCUUCUAA